AUGGAUCUAUCUCUAUUCAUCCAAAACAAUCACCUCUACACAGAGGAGUCCCUGACAAGGUACCAACCUGGGGGUUACCAUCCGGUCAGCCUUGGAGAUACAUUCAAAAAUGGUCGCUACAGCGUACGUCAUAAGCUAGGGUGGGGUGGCUUUUCAACUGUAUGGCUUGCGAAGGAUAGAGUGGAACCUAUCUUCAAACUAUAUUGUACUAUUGUACAACUACUCGAUUCAUUUACUCAUGAAGGUCCCAACGGAGUUCAUCAAUGUCUCGCAUUUGAAUUGCUUGGUCCUUCCGUCGAUCAAGUCCUCGCGGACUACCAUGAGAGCCACGACAAGCUCUGCACGAAAACUAUAGUCCGGAUGUCUACACAGCUUUUGAAAGUCGUGAAGUUCAUUCACGGUGCCGGCAUGUGUCAUGGUGACAUUAGCGGACGGAACAUCGCAUUUAGUUGUACAAAUCUGUUGAACACAACAGAGGAACAACUUUUUGAAUUUCUUGGAUAUCCUGAAAUUGAGGCGUUGGCCCGCCUAGAUGACACGCCUUUAGAAAAUGGAUUGCCAAAACAGCUGGUCAAGGCAGCAGAAUGGGUCGAGUGGAUCGAUGAGGACGAUGAAGAUAUUCGACUACUUGAUUUUAGGGAGAGCUUUCUUCAAGGCGAGGAGCCUAAAAGGUUGGCUCAGCCAGGUACAUUGCGGGUACCGGAGACGAUUUUCACGAACUCCUUUGAUUAUCACGUUGACCUGUGGCGCACAGGUUGCAUGAUCUAUUCCUUUUUAUUCACAACAUACCCAUUCUGGUAUCUUGGUGAGGAUGAAGUUUUGGUUUUCCAAAUGAUUGGCUUCGUGGAGAGACUGCCGACUGAAUGGGAGUCUAAAUGGGAGUCAAUGCAGACGAGAUCUAGCCAUGAUCUGGAAGUAGAAGAUUGCGCCAUGUCGAAGCUCGAACAGAAAUUUGCUGAGGCCGUGCGCGACCCAAAACUCAAACCUCUGCUACGAGUGACUCAAGGAUUGAUGCGAUUCUUACCACCAAGCCGCAUCACCACAGACGAGGCACUUAACUUGCUUUAA